AUGCCGCUCUACCUGAAUGCUGCUCACUCCUCGCGCAUUCGUAAGCCUGGUUCCACGACACCAUCAGUGAAGAGGUCGUCUUCUUCUCCAUUUUCCACCCUUCCAAGGAGGAAACCUGUUCAGCGGAGAAAGUCUGUGGGGAAUGAAAUUCAUAUAGCAGGCGAUGACGAAAGUGAGAAGCUCGGCGAUACGGGCCAAGUCAUCUCACUUGCUGGCAUGUCUCCUGUCAGCAACGUCCUUCAAGCCAUCAAACAUAGUCAUGGAAGUAUGUUCAGUGAUGUCCCGGAACGUGCUGGAAUGAACAGCACUCGCAUUGCCGAGGUCCUCAACUUCCGCAGGAGUUUGCCCUUGAUAGUAUCACUUGCACAUGUCCAUGCCCUGCUCGCAGCUUCAACCCGAACAGAGCGAGAGGUUGCCAAUUUGAUUGCAGCAGGCAACAUUCGCAAACUUUCUGUAUCUGGCCGAGGUAAUGAAGUGUCUGGCCUUGGUGAAUUUCUCGUUCACACCGAGGAUCUGGAAGCAAAGAUACGUGAUAGUCGGUUGGAACCAUCCACUUUAGGUAAACUCAUUGAGCUUCUUCAUCAACAACCCCGUUCUUCAACGAUAUCUGUCAAAUCCUUGUCUGCGGGUGAGAUUACAGCAUUAAGAAAUGCCGGCUUUCUCGUUUCGUCUGGCAUAUCUAGAAAGUCCAGUGUGGCCACAACUGCUGGAAACCGUCUUGCACCUGCAACUAUUGCUCGACAGGCAUCUGGUUCCGUAGAGGCAGCUGGUGGUGAGGCUGCUUUUGAAAGCUUGGGAGGUAUUGGAAGUGCAAGGUCCGACAGCUGUGAUCUAGUCGCAACCGGAUCAGGUUCGGAGCUCACACUGUCUCUUCCGAAUACAGGUGUGUAUCUCCGUCUGAUCAAUGAUGCGCGGGCACAUCUCCUCCACUUGCUUGGGAAGUCGAAAUACAAGGAAGCUCCUUUGUAUAUCCUGCGGGAACGAUGGGAUGGUGCUGUAGAUUCUGACAACAAAGUGUCUAAUGCCAAAAAGGUCCGGGGCGAAUAUGCCGGCGUCCUAGCUGGAAGGACGAAGAAAUGGAAGCAGCUCUAUGGGCUGAAUUUCGACUGGGUAUUGGAAGAGUGCCUUGGUGCAGGACUUGUUGAAUUGUUUGACACAGGCAGUGUCGGACAUGGAAUUCGUGCGGUAUGA